AUGGGUGCAUACAUCGCUACUAUGUCUGCCUAUGGUGGCCCCCAGUGGGAUAUUAUCAUGCUUGUUUGGAAGGAUCCAAGAAGCGGGAACUGGUGGCUUCAAUUUGGACAAGAAGUCGUGGGAUAUUGGCCAGGCUCUCUCUUCUUGCACUUGAAUGACAGUGCUACGAAUAUUGAAUGGGGAGGUGAGAUUUUAAACUCAAAAGUAGGAGGGAAGCACACGACAACUCAAAUGGGAAGUGGACAUUUUCCUCCAGAGGGAUUUGGAAAAGCUGGUUACUUCAGGAAUAUUCAAGUUGUUGAUGGAUCCAAGAAGCUGCAGGAACCUACAAAUAUUGCACUUUUGUUUCCCAACCCAAAUGCUAUGAUAUCCAAACAGGCAAAUUGGGUGAUUGGGACAAUUACUUAUAUUUUGGGGCUCCUGGCGGAAGCGCUAGAAGAGAAUCAAGCUAUGGCUCUCUCCUUUGAUUUGCAGGACUUCAUUCUCCGAGCUCGGGUGCUGAAGCUAUAUAGGCAAGCACUAAGGACUACAAGGAGAGCACCUGAUGGCGCCAGAGCUGACUUGAAACAAACAAUUAGACAAGAGAUGGAGAAUAGCCGGAAUUGCAACGACAAGCAAAGGAUUCGUUUUCUCAUUAGUGAAGGAUUGGAGAGACUAAAACGUCUGGACGAGACACUUGAUAUGCAGGGACAUUCCUAG